AUUUAGGCAGGAAUUCAAAUAUGAGCAAACCUAAGACCAGUGGCUCUGCCUUAGGGAGGUUCAUGAACCUCUCAGAAAGCAUCAACUCUCAAGGUCCAGUGUACAACGCCGAUGAGGUCCAGCAAACCCAGACAAAGUUUCUUGAUACCAAAGCGGAGAAUCAGCCUACUUAUUUUGAGUUUGAAGAUGAUCCUGAGCAUAAAAUUUUGAAAGCCAAGAAGCCCAAUUCUAUUAGCAACUUUAAAGGUGAUAUAGCUAUAAACGAUAAAAUUGAAAAGGAGAGAUCAGCCAGGAAAAGGAUGAAAACUAUCAGAGUAGAAUCUUCUGUCCCAAGCAGUGUCUCUAAAUCAAAAUUUGAGGAGAAGCAAAGUUAUAAUCCCAGCCAUGAUGACUUUGACUUCAGCUCCAAGCCUGAUGAGCCUGAGGAAUCAGUGAAAGAGAAGAAGUCUACAGUUGAAUCUAAGAAAAAUGAUGAACUCAAAGCAAAGAAAGCUAAAGAGGCGAAAGAAGACCGCAAAGCUCAGAUUCUUGCUGAAAUAAUGAAAUAUGAAAAGAUUGAUGAAAAUGCAGUGAAGAUGAAGAAAGUAAAGAGGCCUUUUUACUGCAUCGAUCCUUUGAGUAAUUUCCAUUUAAUUCAUUGCUUGAGUGUAUUAGUGAAUAUAUUCAUCAUAAUUAUCUGGAUCUCAUUUGAAUCUUCAUACAAUGACGAAUUCUCAUUCGUCAUUCAUAUUGUAUACAUUGUGAACAUAUUUGACGUGGCCCUAACAGGUCUCACUGGAGUCUUGAACAGAGAUAACCAAGUGGAUUACAGCUUGCUAUUUAUCUGGAAGAAUUAUAUUACUAGCUACUUCAUACUUGACUUCUUCUGUGCUAUUCCAUUCGAUUGGUUUAUCUCAAAGAUGCGACAUCAGAGAACAAUGAGAUUAUUCCAGACGACUAAAGCUUUUAAAUACUUUUAUUUUUCUAUAAUUUUAGAUGGGACACUCCUAAAAGCCAGAAUACAGCCAGGGACAAUUAGAUUUUUGAAGAUCAUAUUCAAUUUGCUCAGCAUAGUCCAAGUAUUCUCGUGUUCAUUCCAUAUAUUACAUUAUUAUAAUGUAGAGGAUGAGAAUUGGCUCAGGAACGGAUCCUUUUCAGAUGAUGAUACACUGCAAAAAUAUAUGUUAUCUCUCUUUUGGACUCUACAAACAAUCACUACUGUAGGAUAUGGGACGAUCACAUUGACUAAUUCGUUAGAAAAGCUGUACGCUAUUAUUGUAAUUAUCAUUGGGGCCACUAUUUACUCAUUUAUUGUCGGAUCCAUCUCUUCAAGUGUUCAUAACAAUGAAGAAAAAUCAAUUAAAUUGCAAGAUAAGCUCAAGGUCCUCAAAGAGAUGGGUACCUUUGGAAAUCUCCCUGAUGAGUUACUUAAGAGAAUCGAGAGAUUCCUUAAAGAAAAUAUCACCAUUAACGGUGUUGCUAGUGGGACCAGUAGAAUUCCACUCCAAAAAUGUCUCUCUGAGCUUCCUGAAAGACUUAAAAUCGAGCUGAUCCAGUACACUCAUAGAGAUAUUAUCAGGAAGAACUCAUUCUUCUUUGGAAAACCACUAGAAUUUGCUCUGAAUGUUCUCUCAAUUCAAAGAGAAAUCACAGUUCCUUCUGACUACAUGAUGUACAAAAGAGGAGAUCCAGCUGAAGAAGUAUUCAUAAUAUAUAGUGGAAGUAUUGUUCUAUAUUCUGAAGACUGGAUUCCUUAUGUAAAGUACUCAGCAGGAAGUUAUUUUGGAGAAAUAGAAGUCCUUUUUAAAGAAGAAGGAGCCCACAAGGAUUACCAUAACCGCUCCCUUUAUGCAUACACAGAAAAUGGAGCUGUCUUCGGGGUUAUAACCAGAGAGCAGCUCUCAAAGAUCUUCAAAGAUUUCAAGCAAGAAGAGGAAGACUUCCGCCAAAUUGCCAAAGAAAGGAAGAGAUGUAUUGCAGAAAGGGCUCAUCUCUUCGCUCAUGAUGCUGAUCUCUCUCCAGAUUUGAUCGAAAAGAGAGAUAGAGAACUCAAAUUUGGGGAAGGUCGGAGGAAGAAACUUAUGGACAAAUUCGGAAGCUACAUUUCAUAUAGACAGUUUAUAGAAAACAAAUACACUAAAGAUAGCCUCAAAGGUGCAGACUCUAAGACAAAGAAGUUGCUGACAAAAGAAAAUUUAGUAAAGCCAGAGGAUGAGAUUAUUAAUCCAGACCCUGUACCUCUAAUAGGAGAAGGAGCAAAGGAUACAGUUCUUGACGUAAUAGACUCGGAUAAGGACAUUGAAGAGCUUGAUUAUGAUCAGGAUGUCACCAUCUCCACUACUCAUUCAAACGCACAGCUAAUAAAUGACGUUUUAGAAGUUAGGAAGCAAGUUGAAAAGUUUAAAGAAUUACUGGAUGCUUCCUCUCAUUUAAUUCAAAAGCAAUAAAUUUACACUCAAAGAUGUUUUUUGACAU